AUGGGCGUCACGAAGCAGAUGAUCACCCCCGGCAACGGCGUGGACAAGGCGAAGAAGGGCGAUCAGAUCACGAUGGAGUAUACCGGCAACCUUUACGAUGAGAGCGCGCCGAAUAAGAAGGGCAAUCAGUUCGACUCUUCGGUGGGUCGCGGAGACUUCAAGACGUCCAUCGGCACUGGCCAGGUGAUCAAAGGCUGGGACGAGGGCGUUCUGAGCGUCGACGGCGGCAUGACUCUGGGUGAGAAGGCCACCCUCACCAUCACUGGCGACUACGCGUAUGGCAGCCGAGGCUUCCCAGGUCUGAUCCCGCCGAAUGCCACCCUGGUGUUCGACGUCCAGCUCAAGGCCAUCAACGGCAAGACUAUGUAG